AUGACUUCCACACCAGACGCCCCGCUGGGGUCGCGCAUCAUCGACGACAAAUCACCCAUCUGCGUCCCCUUCAUCCUCGAGCGCCUCACGCAGUAUCGGAAACAGAACCCCGACACCCAGCGGCCGUUUGUCGUCGGCAUCAACGGCGUGCAGGGCGUGGGAAAGACCACGCUCGUCCAGACGCUCUACGAGACGCUGCAGGACCGCGAAGGCCUCGAGACCCUCGUCGUCAGCAUCGACGACUUCUACCUGACCCACGCCGACCAGACUGCGCUCGCCGCUGCGCACCCGGACAAUGCGCUCGUGCAGGUCCGCGGCGAGCCCGGCACGCACGACACGCCCCUGCUGGCCUCCUUCUUUGACGCCGUCCUGGCCGGACAGCCCGCCCACGUGCCCGAGUACGACAAGGCCGCGUUUGCAGGGAAGGGCGACCGCGCCGCGCCGACGCCUACAAACCCCGGCCGGCUCGUCAACGGGCCAGAGCAGCGGCCGCUGCAGGUCGUGAUCGUCGAGGGCUGGUGCGUGGCGUUCCGCGCGGUGGCGCCGGCCGCGGUCGAGGCCAAGUGGCAGCAGUCCGGCGCGUCGCCCGACACCAAGCUGUCCUCCAAGCUGCACACGCACAAGCUGGGGCACCUGCUGCUCGUCAACGAGCGGCUCGCGGCCUACGAUGCGGCGCUGACCAACCACAUUGACGCGCUGAUCCAUCUCGACGCCGAGCAUACGCCGUAUGUGUACGACUGGCGGCGCGAGCAGGAGGCGGCGCUGCGCCGGGCGCGGGGCACGGGCAUGACGGACGAGCAGGUGGAGCAGUUUGUGGACGCGUAUUACCCGGCGUACGAGCUGUUCGCGGACGGUGUGCGGAAGGGCAUUUUUCCGCAAGUAGAGGGCAAGCCUGGCCGGCAGUUGCGGCUCGUUGUCGGCAAGGACCGGCGCGUCAAGGAGACCAUUGAGUUAUAA